AUGGAUGCACCGACGCACAGCACAGACUCCAGCUCGGGACACGAACCUGGCAAAAAACUUGUUGUUAGUGACGGAGUAACUUAUCUCCCCAAUCACCAGGGGAAAGUAGUGCAUACUUUCAAUGGGAGCCACACUAUGGACUCUCACAAUUCAGGAAGCGGAGGGGCGACAGCGACAAGUGGCACUACUAACAACAACAGCAAUGCGAUAUCUGUCACCGCUUUCAACAGUGGACCGGGGGUCUCGAAAGGGCUGCUCGGUGCUGCUACAAUGCACCCCUCGUCCAACAGUGUCAUUCAGACGCCGCUCAUGAACUCCCAGACUGCUUUGAGCCCGGCAACAACAGGAGCCACUGUGACACUCGUCAGGCCGCCUAUGCAAACCACGGGGUCGGGAGCAACUUUGAAUGGGAACAAUAAUGCGAGUCAUGCUGCUGUGGUGGCCAAUGCAUUGGGUCACACAGGUACCAUCGGGUCACACAGCCCGCUUGUAAACAAUGCGUCCAGCGCAGGCUCGCACAUAAUCAAGGCAGAGCCCCCCACCACAAUAAUACAGACAGCCCCACAGCCGGCUGUCACUCCGGGGGUCGUCAGCUCUCCCCGGUUCCCCACGACAGGAGCUCCCGGUCCAGGCCUGAUCCGAGCCUUCACGCCUCAGAUGUUGGCCCCCAGGCUCCAGCAGACCUCCCCGGGACAGCCCAACGUUCAUAACAUCCAGCUACCCCCGGGGAUGGUGCUCGUACGCAGCGAGAGCGGACAGCUGCUGAUGAUUCCUCAGCAGGCUCUCGCCCAGAUGCAGGCCCAGGCUCAGGGAGGCAUGGCACCACGGACCGCCACACCAACAAGUGUACCUCCUGUUCAGGCUCCUGGAAACACCAUCAUUAGCAGACAAGUGGCUCCCAGCACCAUCAUCCGCCAGGGGGGUCCGACCCCAACACCCCUCUCUGCGACCACCACUCUUCACAGACCCCCUGUCCUUCAGAGUUCAGUUGGGGCUACAGUAACAGGAAUGACCCCCAGGACCGCCAGCCCGUCAGCUGGGAGCCAACUUGCCCCGAUAUCAGUGAGCAAAGAGACAAUGGAGAAUGUGAAGAAAUGUAAAAACUUCCUGUCCACACUGAUCAAGCUGGCCUCCACUGGGAAGCAGUCCACAGAGACUGCAGCGAAUGUGAGAGAGCUGGUCAAAGACCUGCUGGAGGGCAGACUGGAGGCUGAGGAAUUCACCAGCAGAUUGUACAAAGAGCUCAACUCCUCCCCCCAACCCUACCUUGUGCCUUUCCUCAAGAGAAGCCUCCCAGCCUUGAGGCAACUCACCCCAGACUCAGCAGCCUUCAUCCGGCUGAGUCAGCUCCCGGUGCCAGCCUGUAGUACGGUCCCCUCCACCUCCCCCGUCCCCACCUCGGUGGUCCUGGGCAGCCCUUCUCCCCGCCUCAUGACCCCCGUCAGCAGGCCCCAGCUCCAGACAGGCAUCAGCAAACCAGGACCCGCCCCCUCACUGGUUAUCCAGCCUCAGCAGCAGAGAACAAUGUUGAGACCUCAGGUAGCCUUACCGACGCCCACCAUGGUGGCCCACAGGAACCAGGCCCCCGGCCGCAUCAUGCUGGGCCAGCAGCACGUCCAGCUGCAGCAAGUUCCUGUGAAGACGGAGGGUUCACCUUUUCCGAGGCAAGUCUCUGCUGCAGCGCUGACCCUCGCUCAGAGGAACAAGCUGAGAGAGGCGGGGGGCUUGUUCAAAGAUGAUGACGACAUAAACGAUGUGGCCUCCAUGGCUGGAGUGAACCUCUCGGAGGAAAGCGCUAACAUCCUAGCUACCAAUUCUGGUCUAGUGGGAGCGGUGACGCGGUCCUGUAAGGACGAGGCGUUCCUCUCCUGCGCCCUCCUGCAGAGGAGGAUGAUGGAGAUCGGCAGGAAGUACGGUGUGACCGACCUGGGGGCCGACGUGGUGACCUUCGUCUCCCACGCUACGCAGCAGCGCCUACAGACCCUGCUGGAGAAAGUUUCCCAAGUAGCCCAGCAGAAGAGCUACUCCAUAAAGGAGGACGACAGUUAUGAGCAGAGCAGCGAUGUUCGUGCUCAGCUCAAGUUCUUUGAGCAGCUGGACCAGCAGGAGAAACAGAGGAAGGAGGAGCAGGAGAGGGAGAUCCUCCUGAAGGCAGCUAAGUCUCGAGCUCGGCAAGAGGACCCAGAGCAGCUGCUUCUGAAACAGAAGGCGAAAGAGAUGCAGCAGCAGGAGCUGGCUCAGGUGAGGCAGAGGGAGGCCAACCUGACGGCUCUCGCUGCCAUCGGACCGAGGAAGAAGAGGAAGCUCCUGGACUCUCAGUCCUCCUCCGCUGCAGCCGAGGGGUCCGGGUCAGGUCCCUCCCUCUCCGGCGGGGCUUCGGGCUCCAGGCCGACGCGGCAGCGAAUCACACGCGUCAAUCUCAGGGACCUGCUGUUCUGUUUGGAGAACGAGAGAUUUUCCAGUCACUCCCAUUUCCUCUACAAGGGCUUUCUCAAAUAG